UAAAAAGGUAUACAACAUACACUUUCUACAUUAGUUAUUAAAUUCUAUGUAUUUUGCACGUCAAAUGAGUGAAAAGAAGAAAAAAACGAACAAUUCCAACAUCGAUGUGUAAAAAAGUGAUUUUCCUCCUCGAAUUUUGUUAAUUAAAAUGCAAUAAAACAAUUAAAAUACAAAAGCUCUACAACUCGAUCGGAAAAUCGUUAAAAACAAGGCUGGCUUUUGCAUUGCUUUGCAAAAAGAACGCCCUUCUCGGUAAACAAAAAUCACAAGUGGAGUAGAUUUUGUUUCGUUUUUUUCCUCACUUCGUCUUCGUCUUCGCCUUUUUUUUUUGCUUUGCUCUCCCGGAAUCUAAUCGAAAGAAAAUUUUAAAAGAAAAAAGAAAUCAAGCUAUCGACCUUUUCUGAAUAAAGAACACAAUUAAAAGAAAAUAAAAAGGGGAAAGAAAAAAUGUUUUCUCCUUGUCCGUACUGGAAUUGAAAAAAAUUGAGGUGCCAUUACAUAGCGUAGACUGCGACGAGUAAGAAUUCGACGACGACGACGACGAUUCGAUUACUAUCAUUAAAGCAAUAGAAACAUCAGGCCAUUAGUAGAGCAUUAGAGUAGUCUCGGUCUGGUCUCAUUAAGAAAAAAGAAAAGAAGAGAAGAGAAAACGGGAGCAGGGGGUACUCCAAACUCCAAGUGUGCAUCCUGCAUGCGUGGAUGAUGUGCAGCACCACCACACCAACCAACCAACAAGCAGCAACAAUCAUAUGAUGCUUUGGACCAAUAACGAAGGUCAGAAAAAUCCAUCGUCUGUGAACUUGGAAUACAACAACUUGAAUAAUUCCAAAGACCCGAGGUGCCAAUCGCCGAGCACCUAUUCGCAGCAUUCGCACAAGAGUGAGGACACCGCUUCGCUGCUGCAUGCCCACAAACAGAAGACCACUCGCCGAGUAACCACUGUUACCAAAGUAAUCCACGAAGUGAACCACAUUCGUCCAGAAGCUAUCGUUGCCGCCGCCGAUUACAUAAAGAUGCCCUUGGAGGACAAUCGCGAAACCAGAGGCGUAUCCAUUGACUAUGUAACAAUGCCGAUGGGCGUUCACUCCCGAUCUCAAUAUAUAAACUACAAUCAGAUUGAGCAGCACACUGGUGCUCCCAUCUACAUGCAGGAGAACAAACAAUUCCAGACCCACUACCAGGAAUAUGACAACUUUCCACCCGGUGGCCACUAUCCGGCCUCGUCGACGUUCAAUGUCAUGCAGGCAGUCGGCAAUGCCGGCUCUUAUCUCUCAGAAUACAGUUCCAAUGAACGAAUAGGAACGCCACAGACUCCCAACGAGCACAGCAGCUCUACGUCCCCUUUGCCGUUGAACACAGCCGCCGGGAUGUCGCCCAGCUUGGCCCAAUCGUACUUACAAACGUCGCAGUUCGACGAGCUCGCCGACUACCACACAUCGCCAUUGUCCGUGAGCAAGGCAGAUAACCAUUACGCCGAGGAGUCGGCCCUCCUUUACGGCUACAUCUCGACAUCUAACUUCGGCAUUCCGCCCAACAACUUGGAGUCGAACGCCAACCCUGCAUAUCCAACCAGAGCGCUCAUGUUCGGUGAUAAUCUAACUAGUUCCUCUUCGAGUGCAGUGCACUCGCGGCAGAGGUUCGGCACUGAGCAGGAGCUGCUGAAGCACAUGUCACAGCUCUCUACCAACGACGCAACCACUUCUCCGCGUGGCGCCGACGACCGCUAUGUAGAGAACAAUGGCGAGCACUGUCAGGCAAUUAGAUGGCGCGACCCGAAUCUUUCCGAGGUCAUCAGCUUCCUGGAUAAUCCCAACAGUUCGGUGAAGGCCAACGCCGCUGCCUACUUGCAGCAUCUCUGCUACAUGGACGAUCCGAAUAAGCAAAAGACAAGAACUCUCGGUGGCAUCCCCGCACUGGUGCGGCUAUUGGACCACGAGAACCUCGAAGUACACAAAAACGCGUGUGGAGCUCUGCGGAACUUGUCUUACGGGCGUCAGAACGACGAAAACAAACGUGCAAUAAAAAAUGCCGGAGGAAUUUCUGCUCUAAUAAAUCUGCUAUGUCGUACGAUGGAAUCAGAGAUCAAAGAACUGAUCACCGGGGUUAUAUGGAAUUUGUCGUCGUGUGAAGAUCUCAAGCGGUCCAUCAUCGAUGAUGGAUUAAACGUCAUCGUGUCCUGCAUCAUCAUGCCGCACUCUGGAUGCGAUCCCACAUGCACAGGCGAGAUGUUCACAUCGACUGUGUUCCGCAAUGCAUCGGGAGCCCUUCGAAACGUCAGCUCAGCCGGCGAAUAUGCCCGCACCAAGUUGCGCGAAUGUAAGAACCUCGUCGAGUGUCUGCUAUUCGUGGUGAAGACUUCAAUCGAGAAGAACAACAUUGGCAACAAGAUUGUCGAAAAUUGCGUUUGCAUUUUGCGGAACUUGUCGUACCGCUGCCAGGAGGUGGAGGACUCGAACUACGACAAGCACCCGACUCUGAUGAACAAGACCGCCUCGUCGAUCGAAGUGAAGGCCGAAAACUUCGGCUGCUUCGGAGCCAGUAAGAAGAAGCGCGAAUACGAAUACACCGAACCCAACGAUAGCAUGAAGUCGGCCGAGAAUGGGGGCGCUUCGUCACUUCAAACUCUGCCACGCAGCAGCACCCACAGGAAGGGCUACGAACAGUUGUGGCAACCAGACGUGGUUCAGUAUUAUCUCGCCCUGUUGCAGAGCUGCUCCAAUCCGGAGACUCUGGAGGCAGCUGCUGGGGCCAUUCAGAACUUGGCCGCCUGCUAUUGGCAGCCGAGCAUAGACAUUCGGGCCGCAGUCAGAAAAGAGAAGGGCCUGCCCAUUCUGGUCGAGUUGCUCCGCAUGGAGGUGGAUCGAGUAGUGUGUGCCGUCGCCACAGCCUUAAGAAAUCUUGCUCUAGAUCAACGAAAUAAGGAGCUCAUCGGGAAGUAUGCAAUGCGGGAUUUGGUCCAGAAGCUGCCUUCUGGCAACGCCCAGCACGAUCAGGGCACCUCUGAUGACACCAUCACGGCUGUACUAGCCACCAUAAAUGAGGUAAUUAAACGGAACGCCGAGUUCGCUCGCUCUCUACUCGAUGCCAAUGGCGUCGACCGUCUGAUGAACAUCGUGCGUCAGCGCCAGAAGUACACGUCAUGUGUAUUGAAGUUCGCCUCACAGGUCCUCUACACCAUGUGGCAGCACAACGACUUGCGCGAGGUCUACAAAAAGCAAGGCUGGAAGGAGCAAGACUUUGUCACAAAAACAGUCGCCGCUCGCAACGCCGCACCCAACUCCCCCAACAAUGCAAACAACACCCUAAAUCGACCAAUGGCAUCACAGAGUCAAACACGUUACGAGGAUCGCACCAUCGGUCGCAAUGCCCAUCACAAUUCAAUGGCCAGUCGAAACAUGGAGACAGUCAUCUGCGAGAACGGCGAAGCGGCCAACUUCAACUCCGGCACCAUGACGUACCGAAAGAAGAACGAUCAGUUCUACGAACACCCCGACCGCGACGGUGGCAUUCCAACCAGGCUCACACAUUCUGAUUCCGUGGAGAACAACCUCCAGGAGCCUGCCUAAGAUUUAAGAAUUAAACAAAAUUAAGAAUAAAAUGCGUGCGCGUCAUCUGUACUUUGAUUUGAUUUGUUUUUUUUUCUUCUCUCUAUCUCGACAAUGUUUUAUAUAACUAAAAAAAACAAAAAAAAACAACAACAAAAUCUAUAGAAUCGUAUUCAAUUUAUAUAUAUAAAUAUAAAUAUUAUAUAAUUUUUUGUAUUUUCUAAAUAUAUUAUAUUAAAAUAUAUUUAACAGUAAACAAAUUAGUUCUCUUGUCAACAAAACAAAAAAUAAUAAUAAAAACAAACAUAAAAAAUCACUUAAGAAUAAAAAUAAACAUUUUUUUUUAAACAUUAUUUUUAAACAAUUUUUUUGUUUGUUUAUUAAAGGACACCCCAUACACACAUAAGGAUAUACAUUUGCUUAAACGAUUUAAUUGUUAUAAACAGUCAAUUGUGAAAUAUUCAAAAUAAAUAAAUUAAAAAAAUAAUAAAAAUAAAACGGAUUGAUGAUUUUCACCACAAGUUAUUUGUCA